AUGGGGGUUGUGGGGAGGUGUGUGUUGACACCAGAGGCGUGGACAGGCGUCGAGGGCUUGUUUGGAUAGCUUCUGGACACGGUAUGAGUGCGUGGUGUAUUGUCAGAUGUGUACGAGAUAAUGCAUCGAGUGGUCAAGCAUCAACUGUGUACAACAAGCAUGACCACGUACAACAAGCACGACCAUGCACAACAAGCACAACAAGCACGACCAUGCACAACAAGCACGACCAUGCACAACAAGCACGACUAUGCACAACAAGCACGAUUAUGCACAACAAGCACGACCAUAUACAACAAGCACGACCAUGUACAACAAGCACGACCAUAUACAACAACGCAUGGAGCCAUUGGGCAGCAGCAGCAGCAGCAGCAGCAGCAGCAGCAGCAUCGUGGCGACGUUGCAUGCCUACUUUGUAAGCCAAAGCAGAAGCGGGCGACGACAACAGGCUUUGGGCAUGCUUUGGCUCGGACUGGGCGCUGAGUGCUCCCGGAGCCACGCCGUGGCUGUCGAGGUCGGCGGUGAUGGUCUCGGGCG